AUGGCUAGCCAAAUUGUGUUUAUGUUACUGUCCCUUGCAUGUCUCUUAGCAGUGACAAAUGUGACUGCAACAAGGGAUUUGUACAUUAAGCCUGGACACAGGCUUGCGGCGAGGCUUGAAACCAGUGAAGGCUUAGUCCCUUGUUGGAAUGCUCUAUUGGAGCUCAAAUCUUGCUCAAAUGAAAUUGUCACUUUCUUCCUCAAUGGCCAAACUGAUAUUGGCCAAGAUUGUUGCCGUGCCAUUACUAUCAUAACACAUCAUUGCUGGCCUGCCAUGCUCACCUCACUCGGUUUCACAGCUGAGGAAGGCAAUAUUCUAAGAGGUUAUUGUGACGCAGAAGCCGUGGUGCCUUCUAUAGCUCCUCCUGCUGCCUCACCACUGCCUCAGGCUUAA